CUGUCGCUUUCCCUCGAUCCCUCUUUGUGAUUCAAAGUCUUCUUACAAGAUGAUGGCUUAUUCUCCCUUUUUCAACGCUUUUCACUGUUUAUUAUGCAUUGGAUGCUUCUUUUAGCGAGCACUAUUAGUUUUGUGAAAUUAUAACUCUCUGUCGAACAGACCAGCGAAGUAAACCAACCUAUAGCAGAAACAUCUCGUUCCUGCUGGAAGUAGUGCAUUUUCGCCGAAUGGCAUUUCUACGCAUUUUCUAUUCCAUUUGCCUACUGGAUCUGGUUCUCCGGCAAGGAAAUGCAGAGCCUCUUGAAGAUAAGCGAGCUUUGCUUGAUUUUGUGGACCAGUUCUCUCACUCUCGCCCUCUAAAUUGGAACGAGAACACUUCUGUGUGUACUAAUUGGACUGGAGUCACUUGUAACGAAGACAAGUCCCGAGUAAUAGCCAUUCGACUGCCGGGCAUUGGAUUUCAUGGAGCAAUUCCACCCAACACAAUUAGCCGCCUCUCAGCGCUGCAAAUCGUGAGCCUCAGAUCCAAUUUUCUCAGUGGGAGUUUCCCUUCUGAUUUUUCUGAGUUAAAAAACUUGUCUGUACUGUACCUUCAAUUUAAUAACCUGUCGGGUUCUUUACCGGAUUUCUCUGUCUGGAAGAAUCUUACCAUUAUCAAUUUGUCCAAUAAUCGUUUCAACGGCAGCAUUCCUUUCUCAGUUUCUAAUCUGACUGAGCUUGCUGGUUUGAAUCUCGCAAACAACUUGCUUUCUGGUGAAAUUCCUGAUAUCCAGUUGCCUAGAUUGCAACAGCUAAAUUUGUCCAACAACAAGUUGAACGGUAGUGUGCCUAACUCUCUCCAGAGGUUUCCUAUGUCAGCAUUCCUCGGUAAUAACAUAUCUUUUGGAAAUUAUCGUCACCUUUCUCCUCUACUUCCUCCUUCUUCCAAACCAUCUUCAAAAUCCAAGAAACACGGAGCUCUCCGGGAAGCAGCACUUCUGGGAAUUUCGAUUGCUGUUGGUGUGCUUGCUCUUUUAGCAUUUGGUUUUCUGAUGUUUGUAUGCUUCUCAAGAAGGAGGGACGAAGAUGGGUUCUCUGGGAAGUUGCAGAAGGGAGGAAUGUCUCCGGAGAAAGAAGUUUCGAGAAAUCAAGAUGCGAAUAAUAAACUUGUUUUCUUUGAGGGAUGUAACUAUGCCUUUGACUUGGAGGAUUUAUUAAGGGCUUCUGCUGAGGUACUGGGCAAAGGAACGUUUGGCACUGCAUACAAGGCCAUACUAGAGGAUGCUUCCACAGUCGUCGUAAAAAGGCUGAAGGAUGUAGCUGUUGGAAAGAAAGACUUUGAGCAACACAUGGAGAUUGUGGGAAGUCUUAAACAUGAUAAUGUAGUUGAGCUGAAAGCAUAUUACUAUUCCAAGGAUGAGAAAUUGAUGGUAUAUGAUUAUUACAGCCAGGGGAGCCUAUCUUCUUUACUGCAUGGUAAAAGAGGAGAGGAUAGGGUGGCUUUAGACUGGGAUAGUCGGCUUAAAAUAGCAAUAGGUGCUGCAAGAGGGAUUGCUCGGAUCCACGCAGAGAAUGGUGGAAAGAUGGUGCAUGGAAACAUCAAAUCUUCAAAUAUUUUUGUCAACUCUAAGCAGUAUGGUUGUGUGUCUGAUCUUGGGUUGGCCAUGAUAAUGAGCUCACUGGCCCUCCCCAUCUCACGUGCUUCUGGCUAUCGAGCGCCCGAAGUUACGGACACCAGAAAAGCAGCACAGCCUUCAGAUAUUUACAGUUUUGGAGUGGUGUUACUGGAGCUUCUGACUGGGAAAUCCCCCAUACUUACCACAGGCGGGGAUGAGAUUGUCCACUUGGUGAGGUGGGUCCAUUCAGUAGUGCGAGAGGAGUGGACAGCUGAAGUGUUUGACCUGGAACUGAUGAGAUAUCCAAAUAUAGAAGAAGAGAUGGUGGAGAUGUUGCAGAUAGCCAUGGCAUGCGUGGCAAGGAUGCCAGAUCAGAGACCGAAGAUUUCAGACGUUGUAAAGAUGAUAGAAAAUGUGAGGCAACUUGAUAUGGAGAAUCGUCCACGACCUGAUGAGAGCCAAGCUGAAAGUGCAACACCACCGUCAGUGUUAGGUACCCAGCAGUCAUCACAAAUUCUUUGAACAGUGUUACGGCAACUUUCCUCCUAGGCUUUCCAUUAAGAAAUGAAACGAAGUUACUGCUUUUAUUUGGCUUUGAGUGUAUGGGAACUGAAACUCCGUGGUUGUGAACAAAAGCACGAUUCUUUUUUGUUUUCGUUUUC